UUGGCUCGAGCUCUCCCUGUAUCUUUCGGGUCUGCUCGGAAUUCAGGGAAAGAGAGAGAGAGAGAGAGAGAGAGAGAGCUGGACACAAACUGCUCUUUAGACGGAAGUUUCGGCUAGAAGUCUGUUUUUUUUGUUUUCAGACACGUCUAUAAAGAGGUUUUAAAAUUUUGCUUGGAUUGAGCCAAAGAAGCAAUGAUGGCAAUGCAAAUGGGUGAGCAAGAAGGUGUAGUGAAGGUUACAGAGUGGCAGAAGACAUAUUAUACAACAGAUUCAGGCAUCCAGUCAGGGGCCACCACAGUGCGUGCUGAAGAUGACACCUACACCUCAGUUACUAAGAACCCUGCAGACCUGGAGUCACAGUACACCAUGACCCGAGCCCAUCGAGUGAGGCAGGCCAUGUUCCCUGAGACAAUGGUGGAGGGGACGACCAUUUUGUCCACCCAGGUGGAUUUGUCCCAGCAGACCAACGUGCAGAAGCUGGCCGAGCCUUCGCAAAUGCUCAAGUCAGCCAUCAUCCACCUGAUUAACUACCAAGAUGACGCUGAGCUGGCAACCCGCGCUGUUCCUGAACUCACCAAACUGCUUAAUGAUGAUGACCAGGUGGUGGUGAACAAGGCGGCACAGAUUGUGAACCAGCUGACGCGGAAGGAGGCAUCCCGGCGUGCUCUGAUGCAGUCGCCCCAGAUGGUUGCGGCUGUGGUGAGGGCCAUGCAGAACACGAGCGACAUGGAGACAGCCCGUGCCACCGCCAGCAUCCUGCACAACCUGUCACAUCAGCGUGAGGGCUUACUGGCCAUCUUCAAAUCAGGAGGCAUUCCUGCAUUGGUGCGCAUGCUCAGCUCUCCUUUGGAGUCAGUGCUGUUCUAUGCUAUCACCACACUCCACAACCUGCUUCUACACCAGGAGGGGGCCAAGAUGGCCGUACGUCUGGCUGAUGGCCUGCAGAGGAUGGUGCCACUGCUGAAGAAAAGCAACCCCAAGUUUCUGGCCAUUACAACAGAUUGCCUUCAGCUCCUCUCCUAUGGCAACCAGGAGAGCAAGUUGAUAAUCCUGGCUAACGGAGGGCCCGAGGCCCUGGUGCAAAUCAUGAGGGGAUACAACUACGAGAAGUUGCUGUGGACCACCAGUCGUGUACUGAAAGUGUUGUCAGUGUGUCCUAGCAACAAGCCAUCCAUUGUAGAGGCUGGUGGAAUGCAGGCUCUGGGGAAGCAUGUGACCGGAUCUAGCCAGCGGCUGACACAAAACUGUCUGUGGACUCUGAGAAACCUGUCUGAUGCUGCCACCAAACUGGACGGCCUGGACGGGCUCUUGCAGAUUUUGAUUGGGCUCCUUGCCACAGAGGACAUGAAUAUGCUGGCUUGCGUCUCAGGUACGCUGUCGAAUCUGACAUGCAAUAAUGCCCGUAACAAGACAUUUGUAAGCCAGAACAACGGUGUGGAGGCUCUGAUCCACGCACUGCUGCGUGCUGGAGAUAAGGAAGAUGUGGCGGAGCCUGCCACCUGCGCCCUGCGCCAUCUCACCAGCCGCCACCAGGAUGCCGAGCUAGCACAGAAUGCCGUGCGCACACACUACGGCAUCCCGCCCAUCGUCAAACUGCUCAACAAGCCACACUACUGGCCUGUUGUUAAGGCUGUGGUUGGCCUGAUCCGUAACCUGGCACUGUGCCAAGGGAAUCAGGCACCUCUCAGAGAUGCUGAAGUUAUUCCCAAACUGGUCAGUCUGCUAAAAAAUGCCCACCAGGAUGCUCAGAAGCACGGUUCAGCCAGCCAGCAAACUUACCAGGAUGGUGUGAGAAUGGAGGAGAUUGUGGAAGGUUGCACUGGAGCACUGCAUAUCCUGGCCAGAGAUCGCAUGAAUAGAGCCAUCAUCACUGAAUUGAAUACCAUUCCACUGUUUGUGCAGUUGCUCUACUCCCCAGGGGAUAACAUAAAGCGGGUGGCUGCUGGUGUGCUUUGUGAGCUGGCUCUGGAUAAAAAUGCAGCUGUCAUAAUUGAUAACGAGGGAGCCGCUAGCCCACUCAUGGAUCUCCUGCACUCCAACAAUGAGGGCAUUGCUACAUAUUCGGCUGCCGUGCUUUUCCGCAUCUCUGAGGACAAAAAUGCCGAGUACAGGAAGCGCAUGUCAGUGGAGCUCACACACACUCUGUUCAAACAUGACCCAGCAGCAUGGGAAUCGGCUCAAAAUACAAUGAUGGAUCCUGGCUUUAUACAAGAUGAUAUUGAGCCUCGCUUUGUCGGUGGGUAUGGAUAUGAUCCCAUGCAAGCGGAGCUUGACAUAGUUGAUGAUUUCCCACAAGCCUGUGACUCAAUGGGCAGAGCCUACACUGAUGCUUGCUAACAGAAUACUAAAGUUUCAAGAAGAGCACUAAUGGAGGAAACGCUUCAAAAGUGAAGAGUUGCUUUCUCGAGCAGAUAACUGGCUCUGCACACACACUACUGUAUGAUAUGCAACGAUCACUGUGCUGUGAGGGGUAGAAUCGCAUAUUACUCAACACUGCCUUCUCAUGAAAAACACACAUUGUCUUACCUUUUUUUUUUUUUGUAGAAAAUGUAUUUUAGGGCUUAUUGGGGGUUUGUAAACUCAUUAGACAAGAGGACUGGUAAUCUACCAAAGAGAUUUUAUUGAGUUACGGUGUUGAUUAUACUCAGUUUUUUUAAGCACACAUUUGACAGUAGAGAAAGCUGGCAGCACUGAGACUGAACAGUGCAAAUCAAUUGACCCCAAUUCAGCUUUAAAGCUUUAUCCACUGAGGCUUCAGUAACAUAAAAGGCUGAAUGGGUUUUAUAAGGGGGAUGAUAAGCACAUAAAUUUAGCCUCAGCACAGCUUUGUUAAGCCCACCAUAGGGCUGAGCGCUAUAGCACGUCUUAUUGUGAUAUCAACUCAAGCUUUUAAUAGUUUGUGCCAUAAUGAUGGAAAUGUGACAUGCAAACUUAAUCUUUUUAUUGGUUAUUAAAAUCAUUAUAGUGCAGACAUCCAGACUAAAACUAGCAUUAACUGUUUUGCCUUUUUCUUGCACAGCAACCACAAAAAAAAUUAAUAAUUGUACUUUUUAAAUAGUGUGUAAGAUGUUCUUUUCUCAGAAUACUGAUAGUGAUUGUUUCUCACAUUGUCCAAUUCUGCCCCCUGCAGCAGAAGUGCAGAAAAGGACUGCACCACAUUACAACCUUCAUACUUUGGCCUUCUACACUCAUUUCUCCUGUACCACACGUCAAUAAUCUUAACAUAACACUAUUGACCAAACAGCAUUCUGUAUGUCAAGCUGUGGACAGGUUUGAGAGUUGAGUUUUCUUUUUUCCUACAUAGAUUUUAGAUGUUUGGAGUUACCAAUAACUAAAGGAGUUACACAAUGAUAACUGAGUGGGAAUGUUGGAAGUGUGAAUUGUCUUUAUAGUGUUUCUACAUCAUACUUUAUAACAAAAAACUACAAAAUAAAAUCAGUUACUAACUGAA